UAUUAAGCGAAGUUAACCUAAAAUGCGAGGAGUCGUGGACGCUGAUGUUAUUGUACUGAUUAGUGUUCAAUUAUUGUAUUGGUGGUGUGAUAUUGUAUCAGCAAGUGGCGGAGCUUUAGAUUCAAGUACGCACAUUCAAACUGGGGCUUCCAGUAGCUCCCACUCAAAAACACCAACCUUUACCACAUCUCUUACCGAUGGCUUGGCACAAUUGGUACUUCACGAGUCGAAUACGGAUACUUGCAACGAUGAUCUAACUUGUUUGAGAAUGAGUACCCAAGAUCGACAGGGUUUAGAAGCUAUUAAAUUAUUACAUAGUCAGUUAGACGACGAUGCUAAUGGGAACAUAGAUCUUUCGGAAUCAAAUGAUUUUCUAAGAGAAGAAUUACAAUAUGAAGCUGGUUAUGAAAGAAGACAGAGAGCUUUUCAUCGUAAUGAUGAUAUGCAUAUCAGUGUACAGGAACUUUGGGAGUUAUGGGUUAAAUCAGAGGUAUAUAAUUGGACCACAGAACAAACGAUAGAAUGGUUGACCACAAUUGUUGAGCUUCCUCAGUAUGUACCUACAUUUAUACAACAUCGUGUGACUGGUGCUACACUGCCAAGAUUGGCCGUCAACAAUGGGCACUACCUUAGUAGUUUUUUGGGAAUUAAAGAUCCCAUACACAAGCAAAAAAUUGCUGUUAAAGCAAUGGAUGUUGUACUAUUUGGUCCUCCAAAAGAUACCGGACAUGGCAUCAAAGAUUUAAUACUGGUUAUAUUAUUAUUUGGAGCAUUAAUUGGAUGUUGGUAUGUAUAUCAACAAAAAAAAAGUUCACAGAAACAUUUGCACAGAAUGAUGAAAGAUAUGGAAAGUUUACACAAAGCGGAACUUGCAUUGGAAAAUUUACAAAAAGAAUUAGAACGAGCAAAAAUGGAACAGGAAUCUGCGGCUACUGAAAAAAAGAAUUUGGAAAAACGUUUACAAGAUGGUACUCUAGGAUUACAUACUUCGUAUUCGGAUGUUGAAGUAUCACAGUUAAAAGCAGAAAUAGAAAUGUUGAAAUUAGAAUUACAAAGAGCGGAAGGUGAACUUGAAGAUAGAUGUUGGUCACCACCUGCUGGGCUUCAACAUUGGCUACAAUUGACUCACGAAAUUGAAAAUAAAGCGUAUAUGAAGAAAAAAAUAUCAGCGGAGAAACAAUUGCAACAAGCGCGAGAAGCUUGCGAAAAAUUACGAAAAAAACGAUCGAGUUUAGUUGGAGCAUUUGUUUCCACUCAUGGGAAGUCCAUUGACGAAGUUGAUAAAAGUAUAGUUGAAGCGAGGACAUCAUUAAACGAAGUUACUGUUGAAUUGCAAGAACGUGUUCACCGUUGGAAACAAAUUGAACUUUUGUGUGGCUUCAACAUAAUUAAUAACAAUGGUUUGAAUUAUUUAGAAACUAUGUUGUACAGAGGAGCAUCCAAUGGUCGUGGUUUUGGAUUAAGAGGUCGACUCAGUAGUCAAGAUGAUUUGGAUGACGAUACAAGUUCAAUAUAUACAUCAUCAUCCCCUGGUGCUGCAGGUAUGUUGGAGAACAUGAAUUGGAAGGAAUCAUCUAUACCACCUGACUCGUCUAGCGGUGAAACAGGUAAGGAUACUCCGCCCGAAGUCGUUCAUUUUACGGUUGGUGACAGCAAUGAAGAAAGUACUAUGGUACCAUCGAUUAAAGAGAAGACUGGUAUGACUCGAUCAUAUAGUCAGGAAACCAACAUGGCCAUAGUUGACGAUAAAACAACUUCAUCAUUCCUAUCAAAGACUUCAUAUUCGGAAAACUCAUUAGAUAUGUCUGAGAAAUCAGGAUAUCGUGCUCUCUUAGCGAAAAGGCCACUCAAAGAACUACCCACUGUGAUGUCGAUGGACGAUGAAACGCUAUCGACAGAUUCCAAUUCAACAGCUGACAAUGAAGAAGUAAAACGCCGACGCAGGAAACUUCAUUUUCCAGCAUUCAGGAAGAAUAAAACUAAAAUUACGUGAUGUUCAAUAGUCCCAAUAUCAAAUAUGUUAAAAAUUCAUUCAAGACAUAUCCCAGACAUGCACUUACAAAUUAUAAUUAGGUAAUAUAUAGUGUAUGUGCCUAUCUUAGGUAUAGUUUCGCGUGCGGUGUAUGUAGUGGCCUUACCGGCAGGGUGUCCAUAAUGUUCGAACUCCUUCAGUGAGCGGCACUUUUUUUUUUUUUUUUAAUAAGCAUACGUGAUAUAUGGUCUGUAUAUCGUAAUUGAAAAAAGAAAAAAAAAACAAACAAACAAAAAUAUGAUAAAUAUAUUUACGGAGAGUCGAACAUACUACUGUCAACUUAAAAAUGUUUCUAUCAAUGCAUCGCCGAUUGAAUUUUUCCAAUAGACCAAAAAGCGAAGCAGCCCGAUUGGCAGCCCUUUUUAUCUGCUUGAUUAUUCCAUUCGAAAGUGUGCAUAAUUGUGAUUAGCAGAGAUGGAGGUGCAGCCAAGACGUGUAAGGUGCAAUUAUCCCUUGGCCUAUUAUUGUCUACUAGGCAUUUGUUAAUCUUAUUUUGUCGCAUUAUUAAGUAAUUCGAAUAAUUCAUAAGUAUGGA